AUGAAAAGAACCUUUGGAGAAGAUCAAGCCCCUUCGGAUCAAGAUCCAACAGUAAGCAUGGAAGAUGAUCAAUCAUCGGUUGCUUCCGAUCAAUCAUCAUCUACAGGUGGAUACAAUAGAGGUAGUAGAGGAGGCUAUCGUGGUGGAGGUUAUAGAGGAGGCCGAGGAGGUUACCGAGGUGGUGGAGGAAAUUAUGCUUCGAACAAUCCAAAAAAGCCAAGACAAUACAAACAUGCUGUUGAAAAAUUGUUUGAUGAUUAUGCCACUGAAUUAGAUUACUCAAAUAAUAAGAAGGAAAGAAUUUACAAAGCUGCCAGAGAUGUAACAAUAGAAGCAAAAAGAAUUGUAUUUUUACUUCAUAGAUAUGACCCAAAAUUAAAUAACAAGGAAGAUGUAUUGAAAGAAGCAAAAGAAAAAAUUGAUUUUAUUGUUACGGAAUAUCUUUCUCCAAUUUUAAAGGAACUUGAAGAGAAGUUUAAUGAAUACUUCUGGAAAUAUGCGCGUUCAUAUUCUUUUGGAUUGCAAGAAUUUAUAGAAGGAAUCAGUUUUUAUUAUUAUAUCAAAGAUGGCACUCUUGCAACGUGUGAAAACAUUGAGCAAGAGACGAAAUUUCCCGUUAGUAAGCUGGACUAUUUAUUAGGUAUUGCAGAUCUCUCUGGAGAAUUGAUGCGAUUUGCAACCAAUCAUUUUAUGAUUGAAGAAAUUCCAACGACUGUUAUGAAUUUUAUGAGUGAGAUGCAUGCCAAUUUUAUGUAUAUUCUUACAUCAAGCAAAGGCCUUUCUCCGUAUGAAGAAAAGGAUCUCCGACAUAAGAUUGAAAUAAUGGAAGCAUCGCUCACAAAAGUCGAGAAACUUUGUUACAACAUUGCCCUCAACAAAAAUGACAAAUAUACCAGUAAAUUGCAACAAUAA